AUGUCUGAUGUGUUCAGGGAUGAAUUCAACGCGGAUACAAAAGAGCAGGAGUUAAAAUUAUCAGGUGAUCGGGCAGCUCAACUGCGAGAAGUCAAUAACAAGUUACGUGAACGCGUUACGAACGAUGAGAAGCAGGUGGAUUGUAUGAUAUCUAGAUUACAGACCGUGAAGCGGACAAUCGAAGAGUUACGUGCUUCUAUUGAGAAAUCUAAAUCAAUUAAAAUCGCUUACUUGAAACAAAUUGAAUCUGAAAAUCCUCCUGAAGAUUCAUUUUUCCCAUGUGAAUUUGAAAAUUCUACACUGAUGCAAGUUUAUAAAAUGAUCCAACCAUUCGAACGCCUCCUUGGAAUUCAAAUACAGAAAACGCACUCUGGGCUACUACAGUUGCUAUUUCAUGGUUGUUCGGAAGCUCUGGCUAGUAGUGAUGAAGUAAUUGUAUGCUGUUGUCAACUUCGUAUAGUAAAUACUAAUCGCUUUGAAGUCGUGUUGUGUGAUCCACCCGUACCGGAUCUAGAAAGGCUUGUAAACCACCUGAAUUGGACUGAAGAUAUACGGAGUUUUAUUAUUGUAUUAAGACAACGUUUUUGUCGUUACUUUGAAUUAGCUGCAGCAGUUUCGAAUAAAUUAAACUCUGAAUGA